AUGACAUACAAAGCAAUGAUACCUGAGAAUACCUCAACUACAGUAGAUUUUCAAUCAUGGUUUAUUCCUAUUGAUAUGUUAAACAUGAUAUGUAGUGUCAUUGCUAUUAUACUUGCACUAGUCUUUUUACUUGUUCUUAUUCUUGAUAAACUAUAUCAUAGCGUUGCAAUGAUACUUGUUGUAAAUUCUUGCUUAGCUGAAUUUAUAUUUGGAUUUUAUUUGUUUGCAAUAACUAUAUUUACAUUUCGCAAUGAUCUUAAACAAAUUUACUUCUAUGAUGUAUUUUGUCUUUUAAUGGGUUAUAUAGGUUAUGUGGCAGUUGCAAUACAAAAUUAUUCUUAUUUAUUACAAGCAAUCUAUCGAUAUAUUUUGAUUGUUUAUCCAUCUCGAUUAUUCUAUCAAUCAGUUAAAUUUCAAACUUUUCUUAUUGCCUUAAUAUGGAUAUGUUGUAUUAUCUAUCCUAUUCCAUUAGUGUUUACUAGUCAAAUAAAAUAUCUCGUUAAUGAUCAAAUAUGUCAAAUACCUCUUCAACUUUCAUUUCUAACAAUAUUCUGUGCAUUUUAUUUUUAUCUAUUUCCUAUUCUAAGUAUUGUAUUAAUCUAUGUAAAAAUGGUUCGAUAUGUACACGAGAUGAGUAAACACGUAACUCCAGUUAAUAGAUUAUUUCAUGCUCAACGAGAACUAAGAAUGAUUCGACGUGUAGUUUCACUUAUAUUUAUUUUAGUUACACUUGGUUUUCCUUACGCAAUCUUCGUUUUUAUGUCAUUUUUUAAUAGAACACCAAAAUAUCAGUUUCGCAUUGCUUUUACGUUUAUCAAUUUAUCAUUGGUAUUUGUAUUGAUUGCUCUUUUAGGAAUUACAGAACCACUGAAAACUUCAUUAAUGAAAAGAAUAAAUGGUCGACCAACAAACGUUGUACAAACAUUUACAUAA